UGGAUGGCUGUCUGUGACGCAGGGGACAUGAAAAAGCUGAUAACUAGUUAAGAAGGCAGUUUGUAACUCUGGAAAAAGAGUGCAGAGCUUGAGACACACAUUAGGCAGUGGACGCGGACGAAACGGCGCAAACACAGAGAGCUGAGCCGUCUUGGCAGAGUGGGGGCCCAUUGCAGAGACAUUGCAGCGUCCGGACACGAAGUGACUUGGAACAGAGGACAAUGGUGCAGCACACAGACCUCAGCGAGACGGACGGGAGCAUGUCUAGGGAGGCUACUGAUUCGGAGGAGAGUGAAUUUAUGGCAUGCAGCCCCGUACCGAUAAACCCGGACUGGUGCAAGACAGCCACCGGUCACAUCAAGAGACCCAUGAAUGCAUUUAUGGUGUGGUCCAAAAUCGAGAGGAGAAAGAUUAUGGAGCAGUCGCCUGACAUGCACAACGCAGAGAUUUCCAAGCGUCUUGGGAAGAGGUGGAAGAUGCUCAAGGACAGCGAAAAAAUCCCGUUUAUCAGAGAAGCCGAGAGGCUGCGGCUAAAACACAUGGCCGACUACCCCGACUACAAGUACAGACCCAAGAAAAAACCAAAGCUCGACAGUUCAAAAUCAUCAGCACCGUCUCCGGAGAAGUGCGGUAAAAUUGCAAAGACUCCCAGCAAGAAGUGUUCAAAGAUAAAGACUAAGAGCGGCUCCAAGUCCUCUCACGGCUACGGCGAGGACUGCACGUUUCCCAGCUUAAAAGUUGCAAAGACUGUAAAAAGUGAGCUCACCGAUGAGGACGAUGACGACGAUUACGAGGAGGACUACCGGAUGGGGAUUAAGACAGGGGACGAGGAGCGCCUGAGGCCGUACAAUGUAGCCAAAGUUCCCGCGAGCCCAACUUUGAGCUCCUCGGCCGAGUCCGAGGGGACGAGCAUGUACGAAGAAGUGCGGAACAACAACAGACUGUUUUACAAUAUCAAAAACAUUACCAAGCAGAGCACAUUGCACACUGCUUCCGUCUCACCAGCAUCCUCCAGGUCGGUCUCCACGUCCUCCUCUUCCUCCUCCAGCAGCAGCUCCUCUUCCGGCGAGGACGCGGACGAUUUGCUGUUUGACUUUAGUUUAAAUUUCGCCCCCAGCGGCCCAGGCGCGGAGCUGGGCAACCCCAAUUCAGGAAACCUCUCCCUGUCUCUUGUGGAUAAGGACCUGGACUCGUUCAGCGAGGGCAGCCUGGGCUCUCACUUUGAAUUCCCAGACUAUUGCACGCCAGAACUCAGUGAGAUGAUUGCCGGGGACUGGCUGGAGGCGAACUUUUCCGACCUGGUCUUCACAUACUGAACUGAAAAAAAGUUCCUCUAGUAAUAACAGAGAAGGGAGAAAGUAAAUUAUAUAUGUGUCCUGGUCAAGUUGUCCCUAGCCCUGCCUCCUGUGGGUUUUCUGAAGGGUCCUGGAGGGAGGUGGAGGACCAGGAGGCGAGGUGAGGUUUGAGGAAUGAGAUGCUUAUGAAGCUGGUAGCAAAAAAGCAAAGUCUGCAGACGUUUUUUUCUGGCAGCAUGACAGGGUUUUAUGGAUUUUUUCCCCAGUAGGUCUGCAUUUACUGUUCAGCUUAAAUGGACCACAAAGGGAAAAAUACGUGAACUUCUAUGCAUCUUAUCCUCUUAAAAACAAAAACUGCAGGGAGCUGAAAACGGACUGUGGACUGACUCAAAGCAAAUCUGUGAACUGACAAUUGUUCAGGAUGUUACUUUACAACGGUUUAUGUAAUUUCUAAAUGCCGCAAAUGUUUGUUUGUUUUUUGUAACUGAUUCAGUUUACCUCCUGGUUUGGAAAUUUAAGCAGCCUAAACCUCUACAGAAUACAGGUGUGGAGGAAACAUUUUGAUACAUAACAGACCUCAUCUUUUUAAAAGAAAAGUAAGAUAUUUUCAGGCAUAUUUUUGUACAGUUAAAAGGGAAUGUUCUUACUGUGCUUUCAGUGAGUUUCAGGCACUUCUUCCCUUUAUCAUUUGUUUUUAGCAUGCAAGGGAGUCCUGGUUUUAAGGAUUAAGUUAAAUUAAGACUUGCAUCAAAAAUGCCUUGUGAUUUCAAACUAGGUUUUGUACAGUUGUAGAGCAGAUUUGUUGAGUAUUUGUAGACGAUACAAUGGCAUCAUGGGGAACACAUACCUCAGAGCUGGAACUAGUUUCAAGAUUGUAUAUGUACUGUAAUAUAGUAAAGUUAGGAGUUUAUGUAUAUCAUACUCGUGAUAUGUGGAUGGGUCCCAAUCGCAGGUGUGAAACUGGAUUUUGGUAUUUUUUAUGGCACAUACUGUUUUUCCCCCUUCUCAUUUUUUUGUGCAAUAUAUACUCUUAAGAUACAGACCAUCAACAAUUGUAGCAAGUGAUGGAAAAACAGACUUGUGCACUGUCAACAUCAUUUCAUGUUAUGAUGCUGAAGCCUCUCCAGGCAGAAAAAUAAACAAAUCAGCUGGAACUGAUACAAAACAAUAUAAUAUGGCCUCAUGGUGUGAUGCAUACUAUAUAAACAGAUUAAUAUCACAAUUUGAAUGUUAUUUGACUCAUAAGGAAAAUGGGCAUAUCUGACACCAAACAGCCUGAAUCUGACUGAAAAUUAAGGAUAAAGAGUUCUGAGAAAAGGGCAUAGUCUGAUACAGUGGUGGUCUGGCAUUAGUUUGACAAGCAAGCAAAAAAGAACAUUCCAUAGUCCUGUUUCAUAAAAUGAAACUUUAUUUUAAAACUGAAGACUGCCUUCUUUUUUUAAAACAUUAACCAUAAACCUGUAUUUUUUAUUUCUUGCACUUAAAAAAAGCAGAUAUUGUUUAUUUUUAUGUGGGUCUUACAUAUGAAGUCUGUUUGAUAAAAAGGUUUUGGAAUAUGGCCUAAUUAUAUGCCAAGACAUUUUUUGGGAAGUUCUAGGCAGUAGUUAAUUCACAUUCCAAGUGUGAAUCUGUCUUUGACUCAUCUUUUAAUAAAUAAGUACCUACCACCA